UAGCUUAUCAUAUGGAAAUUGACCUGACCUUUGGUAGUUGUGGAAGUCGACGGUUAUUUUUCAUGGAGAGGAAUUUGAUUAGAGAAGACAAUUUAGUUGUAUACUAAGAAUAGACAUUUUUCAGUGAAGUAUGGUCGGAAAUUUCAGGCAUAAAACUCGGUUUUAAACAGAAGUUUGUUCAUAAAAAAUAAAUAGUUUCGGUUUGCAUUUGGCACCAAAUUAGGCUUCUUCCUUUCACUGCUCUAUCAUCCUCCUUUUGAGCCUUUUCGCUGAGGGAGAAGCUCCGUCAGGGGAGGGGAGAGAGACCAGCGGCAUGGCCAAUGCCGAUGAUUCCCCCGAGUACCACCGUUACUCCUCCGACGUCAAUGUUGACCUCGACGAUGAUGUCGAAGAAGAGGAUGAUGAGGAUGAGUGCCCAGUGGAGGAGGUGAGGAUGAUAGUACCCACAACCGAUGACCCCGCCCUACCCGCCCUGACGUUUCGUACAUGGGUCCUGGGCCUCGCCUCAUGCUGCCUCCUGGCCUUUGUGAACAAGUUCUUUGGGUACCGCCAGAACCAACUGUACGUCUCGUCAAUCUCAGCCCAGAUCGUGGUCCUUCCCGUGGGGAAGCUCAUGGCUGCGACCUUGCCUUCACAGCCCAUCAAGGUUCCACUCACAAGCUGGUCCUUCUCGAUGAACCCAGGCCCUUUCAACAUCAAGGAGCACGUGCUCAUCACCAUCUUCGCUAACUCGGGAGCCAAUGGAGUCUACGCGCUCCACAUCAUCACUUCCGUCAAGGCUUUCUAUCACCGGGACAUCCACCUCUUUGCUGGCUUCCUGCUGUCCCAGACAACUCAGAUGUUAGGAUAUGGAUGGGCUGGCCUAAUCAGGAAGUAUCUUGUAGACUCGCCCUACAUGUGGUGGCCCUCCCAACUCCUUCAAGUCUCCCUCUUCAGGGUUUUGCAUGAGAAGGAAAAGAGAGCCAAGGGAGGCCAGACGAGGCUGCAAUUCUUCCUCCUAGUCUUCGUCUCGAGCUUCGCUUACUACAUCGUCCCAGCCUACCUCUUCCCGACAAUCUCAACCAUCUCACUAGUGUGCCUGCUAUGGAAAGACUCGAUCAUGGCGCAGCAGAUUGGGUCGGGCCUGCACGGGCUAGGGCUUGGGUCGUUUGGCUUGGACUGGUCCACAGUCGUGGGAUUCCUGGGGAGCCCACUGGCAUUUCCUGCCUUUGCCAUUAUCAACACAUUUGUUGGGUUCGUCCUUCUGGUCUAUGUUGUCCUCCCACUCUUGUACUGGAACAAUGUCUAUGAUGCCCAGAAGUUCCCAAUCAUCUCCUCCCACACGUUCGACAACAGAGGCCACAUCUACGACAUUUCCCGGAUCCUCAACCAUCAAACUUUUGACAUCAACCAGGUGGCUUAUGAUCGUUACAGCAAACUGUACCUCAGCGUCUUCUUUGCCUUAAUUUAUGGGCUAAGCUUCGCCUCAUUGGCAGCAACUAUAUCCCAUGUUGCACUCUUCCACGGAGAGAACAUUUGGAAAAUGUGGAAGAAGACCGGAGAGGUGUUGAAGAAUCAGAUCGGAGACGUGCACACAAGGCUGAUGAAGCAAAACUAUGAAGACGUCCCGCAGUGGUGGUUCUACAUUAUCUUGGUCUCAAUGGUGGCCCUCGCCAUUUGGGCAUGUGAGGGUUUCGACAAGCAGCUCCAGCUCCCGUGGUGGGGAGUCCUGCUCGCCUGUGGGAUUGCUUUGGUCUUCACGUUGCCUAUUGGAAUAAUCAAAGCAACAACCAACAUGGAACUGGGGCUGAAUGUCAUCACGGAGUUAGUGAUAGGUUACCUCUAUCCCGGGAAACCACUUGCAAAUGUGGCUUUCAAGACAUACGGGUAUAUCAGCAUGACCCAAGCUAUCAUGUUUAUUGGUGACUUCAAGUUGGGUCAUUACAUGAAGAUCGCGCCCAAAUCGAUGUUCCAUGUACAAGUGGUUGGGACGGUUGUCGCCUCUAGUGUCUAUUUUGGCACUGCAUGGUGGCUUCUGACAACAGUCGAUCACAUCUGCAAUCCAUCCAUGCUACCCGAGGGCAGCCCAUGGACUUGCCCAGGAGACGAUGUGUUCUACAGUGCUUCUAUCAUAUGGGGAGUCAUAGGUCCAAAGCGCAUGUUUACCAACCUUGGAAACUACCCCGAGAUGAACUGGCUCUUCCUAAUCGGGCUCCUCGCGCCUGUGCCUGUAUGGGCCCUCACCAAGUUGUUCCCGGAAAAGAAAUGGAUUGCCUAUGUCAACAUGCCCGUCAUCUUUGGAGCCACCCAAAUGAUGCCACCGGCAAGAACGGUUAAUUACAUCACUUGGACAGCCGUGGGGCUCUUCUUCAACCUCUAUAUAUUCAAUAAGCACAAAGGAUGGUGGGCAAGACACAACUAUAUUCUAUCAGCGGCUUUAGAUGUCGGAGUCGCCUUCCUCGGGGUGUUGCUUUACUUCACCCUCCAAUCAAAAGACAUAUUCGGGCCCGAGUGGUGGGGCCUCAUGACCGGCGACCACUGCCCGUUGGCCUCGUGUCCAACCGCUCCCGGUAUCAGGGUCAAAGGAUGCCCCAUAAUCUAAUGCUGUUCAUGGUUAAGUGAUUCGUAUUUAAAAAAAAAAAAAUAUGAAAGGAAAGAAAUGAGAUGAGUUACUCUAA